CCAGAUGUUUCACAUACAUAUAUACUAUACAUCUUAAUUGUUAAAUAUAUGUAAACUCAACUUAUUUUCUUCAAAUAAGUGUUAAGCUCAUAUAGUAGUUCAACUCAUCAAGAGAAAGCCUUAGCUUCAAUUCGAGCGAGUAAACGUAGUUGUAAAUUAAGUAAUCAAUCAAUCAAUCAUAUAUAUAUAUAUAUAUAUAUAUGGCAGAAGAAUUUCAAGGGGAGGUUUGUGGUGGUGGAAGCUGGUGGAUUAAUUCACCUAGAACCAACUUUAUGAUGAACAACUUCGUCUAUGGUAGUGGCGGCUGUUGGCAAAAUGAUUUUAUGAUGAACAACAUGAAGACAAUAAGGUCAUCUACAAUCAAUGAGUCGUCGUCUACUACAGCAAAAUUAUCGCCGGAUUCAACCUUUCAAAUGAUGGUGGAUUCAUCACCACCUUCAUCUACAACAACAACCAAUUGGAACAACAACAACAACCAAGCUUUAUUAGUUAGUAAUGGAAGAAAUGAAGAGAGCACUUACAAUAAUCAAACCCUACCUGAAAUCCUGACAAGCUUAUCGGCGGGCAACCAAAAUUCAUCAAAUAAUAAUAAUUUUGUUAUGGAUGAUGAACAACAACAGACUUCAAAUUUCACGACAAGCAACAACGAUUGUACGAGUAAUUUGGUUAGCGCUACUUCAUACGGAGGUUACCCUCCAAGUUUGCUACAAACUUUAUUCGACAAUACCACACCACCACCAGAACAAGCAGAGCAACCGCCACUCUAUGAGUUUCACGAUCAGAAUCUGAAUGAUUAUAAUCCGGUUUCAAUCAUGUCGGGAUUUCCUUCAAUAUUAAAGCCAAAACAACAGCAAGGUUUACACUUGGCCAACAAUAAUAAGACACCUUUUUGGGAUUCAAACAAUAAUAUUAGUCAAGCAGCAGAUUUUUACACCUCAGCGCAGUCUGCAGCUCGAUAUCUCUCUUUGACAAAUGAUGAGAAGCCAAAUUGCCUUAGUACACAAGUGAAUGAGGAAGUUACGAACAUGCUGAAGAAAAGCGUGGGUGAAGCGACAUAUAAGCGACCUCGUCUGGAGACACCAUCACCAUUGCCAACUUUUAAGGUCCGAAAAGAGAAAUUAGGGGAUCGAGUCACUGCACUUCAGCAACUAGUAUCGCCUUUCGGAAAGACAGAUACUGCAUCAGUUUUACAUGAAGCCAUCGAGUACAUUAAGCUCCUUCACGAUCAAGUCAAUAUUCUAAGUGCUCCCUACAUGAAAAAUGGAGCAACUACGCAACGACAACAAAUUCAAGACAAAAUCAAGAAUAAUGUCAAAGAAGGAGCGAAACAGCAAGACUUAAGGAGUCGGGGACUUUGCCUUGUGCCGGUAUCUAGCACGUUUCCAGUUGCUACCGGGACUGCACCCGAGUAUUGGACAUCAUCAGGUUUUGGAAGCACUACUACAUUCAAAUAAUAAUAUAUAGACAGACACAAAAAUAAUGAAGUAUCAAACUCAUCAUAAACGUACACUAUAUGUCAUGCUUUCCGUUAGUGUUGUUUUAAUUUUCUCAAGUUCGAGAUCGAAGGGGGCCGGAUUAUUCUUAUGCUUUUUUGUUAUUUUGAUUAAAAUGGAUUAUUCAAAAUAACUAAAAAGCUUAUAGAAUUGAAUUUUAAACAUAUAUACUCUAGAGAGGAAUAUGAGCCACAUAUUGGAGUAGUGAAGUAGAAGUACAAUGAAAAAAAGUUGGCAAAAGUAACGGAAAAAAAGGAAGAUAUGAAAAAGAAAGCAAAAAAAAAAAGAAAAAAAGUGACCCUUGAAGGAUGGACAACCAAUGCCAGUUUGAUGUAGGGUUAGCAAAUGAUUAGGUUUCUAUUUACAGAAAGUACAAUGUUUUUUUUUCUUUGUAAUUAGUUGUAUUACGAGUAAUAUUCACAAUAAGUUGUUUUGUGUUGGUUGUAGUUGUGAUGUCUUUUUUGUUUUGUGUUAAUUUUGAUUAUUGAAACUUUUAGAUACUUCAUAAUUGUGUGAA